GCCCUUCUCGUCAGACACUUGGCUUUUAAUUCAUCCUCUUAAUCAUCAUCCGUUGGCCUAAAGAGGACGUGCCCAAAGCCAAAAAAUGCUUGGCAGCUAAAUUUUGCAGGGCGGAAUUUACUGUACUAAACUGUUGGAACGAACUAAGGAGGCACACAGGAGAAAGCAGUCCUCCACAGUGUGUCGUUCAUUAUCAAUUCAUGCUCCUGUCUUGCAGUGAUGAUAGUUGAUAGUUGAAAAAACAUCGAAAUCCACCUCCGAAAUCAAAUAAUCUGCCAAACGGGGCCACGUGUCGUUCCAAUCCAGUUCUUAAUUCUAGAGUUAUAUAGAGAGAUGGGACUUGAACGUAAUCUCCUCGGUGAAAGUAAUUAAGUACCAAGAGCCUAAAUGGAUUAGGUCUAUUUUAUCAGGACAAAUGGUUCACGACAGCUUGGGAUUAGUGUUGUGGAUGACAUCAUAAAUAUAUGUACAAGUACGUGUUAGUAAAGGUGGCAGAGAAACACGGCUGUAUCCGGUAAAAUCAGUAAAUAUGAAUUGUUCUGAAGAUCAUUGUGAAUAAGGCUCUUUUAUUAUUGAUAUUAUAAAUGUAGGCAAGUGGUUAGUAGUUUGAAGAAAGAGUCCUAGCUGGAACAACAAGGGGAGAUGGAAAAAGGGUAAGCAGGAUGUGGGAGGAUGGCCAGUGUGGGAGGGAAAUUCAGUUAAUAGAAAAUAGACCGAGAGAUAAGUAAUAUGUAAAUAGGGAAUGUAUCCAAAUUUACCUCUGCGAAAGAGCCAACGUGUGAGACGGAAUAAUGUGGCAGGGGGCCUCAGGUGCAGCUGGAGGAACAGGAGGUGGGGCGACGAGCGGGAGGAAGCAAGAGGAGGGAAAGAAAGGAGGGUUUGAGUGUGUGUGCGUGCAUGUGCGGGUGUGUGCAUGUGAAGAAAGAGAGAGGGAGAAUGAGUAAGCGAGGAAGAGAGAGUGUGUAGGGAGGGAGGGAGUGAAGUGAAAGGCAGCCACAGCAUCUCUCCUCACUGCACCAGGACUGAGGGAGUCUUCAUCUCUUUGCUUCUCUCACUGCAGAUUUUACUCACUUUCAUCAGCACACUCAUCCUUUUUCGUUGCCUUUCAGUAGCUUCUGACAGGGACACUGCAUCCAUCUCCUUCCAUACUCUAGAAUGUCAGGAUUAAUGAAUUGGAAACAUGCGUUGUCCUGUCUAAUGGAAUAUUGAAGGGACUUGUGCAGAGGACAGGGCUAAAGACCGAGACUCCUGCUGAGAGGCUGCUCUUUUUUUCUUUUUUUUUUAAUGCUGCUGUUGUGGAUUCCUCUUUUGUCGCCAUGCCUGGGUUUUGUCAAGACACACAGAGAAAGGAGUGACAGCGAAAUUGUGGUUUAAUCCACUAAAUACAAGACAGAGUUCGUACUUUAGAGGACCAACGGAAGUUGCACAUUAGUGGUUGUCCCUUGAAGGAGUUGCUAAAUUUCUUCCUGUGACUGCUGCAGAGUGUCACAACUAAAUGCGAUCCGGUAAAUGCGAUAAUUAAGUGGACUGAUGAAUAGUCCCUACACCCCUUCCUGUAUGUGUCUGGCAGAGGAUUGCUGAGGAGCCAAAGUGAGCGGAACACUGAGUUAUUCAGCCGGCCUCACGUCAUCGCUCUAGGAGAGUCCUUUCAGUCGCCUGCAUGGAAGACAGACAUUCAGUGCUUUCGUCAUUUUCAAGGAUUUUGAUUUUGUUUCUCUUACGCAAAUUGCAGUCCAGAACACUGUGAGGCAAGUUUGCUUAAUUUUUUUGUGCAUUAUCAACUUUAAUUUACAUGGCAGAUUUAACCUCCUCUUUCCCCGAGGAUGCCACAGUUCAAUCUCUUGUGCCAUGUGUGUCGAAGAAGCCGAGACAUUUUCCCCUGCAGAGGUACCUUUGUUCUACUCCAAUAAUAGUUUGACAUCUGAGCAAAGUCUGUAGCACACUGAAGGUUUGGAUUGUCACCAAAAUGGGAAAAAAUCUGCACCAAUACAAACUCCAAGGCUUUUUUUCACCCUGAAAGAAUUUUUUUGACAAAGCAUUUGUUGGUUAUGACAAAUUUCCUCUGAGGUUUUCCUCCACCAAGAUCGUUCUCUCUCUUUGUACCGACAGUUUAUGUUCCUUGUUUUCCAGUGGCAACAAUUUAAAGAAAUCAGAAGAUAAGACGAAUGGAAAAAAAAAAAAAAAACGGGUCUUUGGGAAAAAAUGCUGUCCGCUGCACUAAUACUGCACCGCCUUAGGUCAAAGGAUGGAAUACAGCUUUUGUGUUCUGUCCGUCACUGACUGUUAUCUACCCCACUUACUCACCAACAAUGAGUGAUUGGAAAGGCAAAAAUAAAGAGGCUGUCGUACUCUUCCGGAGCCUGUAUUGAUUUACUCAAAGUCAGCUUUCAUUAGUGUGAGGCCCAGCCAUGUGAGAAUAAAGUGAAUAAGAGACUGAGUGUGUUUGAAAGACCGAGUUUGGAGCUCAGUUAACCGAGGCUGGCUGCAGAUGCUCCUAAAACACAGGAGGGGGGGCAGACAGUUCUCCACUUUCAGGCCAGCUGCCUUAUGGGUGGCACACCACACAACUGACCUACCUGGAAUAUGUCCAGAACAAUGAACCAGUCUGAACUGUCAACAGACCUGGUGGUUGCUGCCAACAGCAGUCACGGAGUCCUCAUUCCGAGAAGGAGCUCCAACCACUCCUGUCCCCUGGGCUGGGGCUUGAACGAAGGCUUGGAGACUUGUGUCCUGGAGACCGCUGUGAUCGUCCUUCUGACUGUGCUCAUCAUCGCGGGAAACCUGACCGUGAUCUUUGUGUUCCACUGUGCUCCCCUCCUGCACCAUUACACCACCAGCUACUUCAUCCAGACCAUGGCCUAUGCUGAUCUGCUGGUGGGUCUCAGUUGCCUGGUGCCCACUUUAUCCCUCCUCCAUUACCCAGCAGGUGUCCAGGAGCCCAUCACAUGUCAAGUUUUCAGCUACGUCAUCUCUGUCCUGAAAAGUGUUUCCAUGGCCUGUUUGGCCUGUAUCAGCGUGGACCGAUACUUGGCCAUAACCAAACCACUAUCUUAUAACCAGCUGGUGACGCCGUGCCGUUUACGGGGCUGCAUUUCCCUCAUAUGUGUCUACUCCAGCCUGGUUUUCUUACCUUCCUUCUUUGGCUGGGGUAAGCCAGGGUAUCACGGCGACAUCUUUGAGUGGUGUGCUCACUCGUGGCCAACCUCUGCCCUCUUUACAGGCUUUGUCGUUUGCCUGCUCUACGCCCCGGCUGCGCUUGUUGUUUGUUUUACCUAUUACCACAUAUUUCGCAUUUGCCAGCAGCAUAACAGGGAGAUCAGCGAACGCAGGGCCAGGUUUCCAAGCCAAGAGAUGGAGGCCAGCGAAGGAACUGGCAACAAUGGGCACCAGGGGGGGCAUGGACCCGAUCGACGUUAUGCGAUGGUGCUGUUUCGUAUCACCAGCGUGUUCUACAUGCUUUGGCUGCCCUACAUCAUCUACUUCCUGCUCGAGAGCUCCCACGUCCUGGACAGUCCUGCCCUUUCCUUCAUCACCACAUGGCUAGCCAUUAGCAACAGCUUUUGUAACUGUGUCAUCUACAGCCUUUCUAACAGCGUGUUCCGACUGGGCAUGCGUAGGCUCUCCCAGACAAUCUGCUCCUUCAGCCACUGUGCAGCUGAUGACAGGGAUUUUGUGGAGCCUAAACCAAGGAAGAGAGCAAAUUCAUGCUCCAUCUGAAAGGAGGACUUGCCACAGGACUCAUUCAUGGA